ACGGGCUAUUGGGAGUGAGAUACUGAAUUUUGCAAGACAUCACCAAAGAAAGCCAUGACGGCGUUUUUGCCGCCAAACCUACUUGCCUUGUUCGCUCCGAGAGAUCCUAUCCCAUACCUACCGCCUGUGGACAAGCUUUGUCAUGAAAAGAAGAAACCAACCUUGGUCGGAGUGGCACAGUUCUUGAAGGAAUUUGAGGACCCCAAGGAUACACCACCACCCACCCGAGUAGAAACAAAAGAGGAGCGCAAAGAAAGAAAGAAAAAGGAACGAAAUGAACAGAUUGCUUACAAACUGGAACAGGACCUGGCAUUGUGGAAUCCAGCUGAAGAUCCAGAGGGCACAUCUGACCCUUUCAAGACGCUUUUUGUGGCAAGAAUUAACUAUGACACCAGUGAAUCCAAGCUGAGGCGAGAAUUUGAAGUGUAUGGUCCAAUAAGAAAGAUACGACAGGUUCGUGAUCAAAGAAACGGCAAAGUGCGCGGAUUCGCCUUCAUUGAAUAUGAACAUGAACGAGACAUGCACUCUGCAUAUAAGCAUGCAGACGGUAAGAAAAUUGAUGGUCGGCGUGUCCUGGUUGAUGUGGAGAGAGGGAGGACGGUUAAAGGCUGGAGACCGCGACGGCUAGGAGGAGGACUAGGUGGUACCCGUAAAGGUGGGCCCGAGGAAAACACCCGCUUCUCUGGACGAGAUGAGUUUAGCGGGGCUGGAGGGGUAGCUGGAUUUGGUCGGGAUGAACGAGGUCGCGAAAGGUCGCGAAGCCGGGAACGUGAGCCGCGGGACCGUGAAGUGCGCCGAAGGAGUAGAAGUCGGGAGAGGAAGCGUCGAUCACGAAGCCGGAGUCCUCGCCGCAGGAGGAGCCGUGAAAGGAGGAGGAGCCGUGAACGAGGAGAACGGGGGGAGGAAGAAGGAGAUGAGGAAAGCCGUGCCAGAAAGAGAAGUCGUCGGAGCAGGUCCCGGGACCGCAAGCGAAGCAAAUCUCGUGAACGCAAGAACAGACGACGUAGUCGCAGCCGAGAGAGGAAGGAGCGAAGACCUGAAGAUGGCGGUGACGCCCCUGCCCAGGAGCAGUUAACUGAUGAAAACGGAACACCGAUCCCUCCUGUGCAGAUUAAGGUAGAGAAGGAAGUGGAGGGUUACGGGAUUUACCCUGGGGCAGAGGCCACUAAGGAGGCUCUUAAUGGUGUGGAACUGAAGGAGGAACCUGAUGAUAAUCAGUUUGAGGAGCAGUAUGGAGAUUAUUAGGCCCAAACUCUGCCCUUACAGUCAGCACCAUUAUUUGACAUACCCUUAGUCUCAGUGUUCUCUAGGACUAGCACAUGUGACUAUGCUCAGCACAGGCAUUCAUGAGCUAAUAUUGCCAAUUCCAGUCAUUGUCUUGUGCAUAGUGACUUGUGGACAAUUAUAAUGUAGGGCAGAAUCACAGAUUAAAGGUGUCUUAUUAAAAUGGUGUUAUUAUUUGUUCCCAUCUGUGGGUUAUACAUGAUUUUUCAUCUCAUUGUUCAUAUCCUCAUUUUUCAUAUGUACCUGAGAAAGAGUUCUUGGCUAACUGAGUUGUACUGUUUUCUCUCCACACCCAGAUGAUUUAAUCUCCCUUAAUAUUAGGAGUUUUAAUUCAGUAUUUAUGAGAAAAGUUGAUUGACAAUUUGUGUGUACAUGACUUGUCUCUCAGACAGGCUCUAUGCUCAUUCUGCAAGGCAAACCAAGGAAGAGUUAACAAUUUCCAGCAGAUGGUGUUUUAUCAUGAAUGUGAAGAUGUUUAAGAUUUUAAUCCAAAUUUCUUCCCCGUUACUCAGUACAUCUGUGGUGUUUGCAGAAACACUUUUAAUUACAUUUCUUGCUCAUGAUUACCAUUGUACAAUAUUCUUGUUAAUAAUUCUUGGCUUAAGUGGUGUUUCACAUGUAUUGGAAUCAGGAAGGGGAUUGUUGAUUAUUUUGGGAGGGAAGGAAAAUUCGAAAUUCAGAACAGUAUUUGAAAGCUGGCGUUGUUAGUGGUUCCUGUGUACAGAGUGUGCAAUGUUGUGGAUACUUGAAUUAUGUGUUUUAGAAAAAUAAAUCCUCCAUAUAUCUGUGAAUAUUA